GCUGUUUUCUGCUUACUAGCCUAAUCUAUCUGGCGAUUUAACCCUGUUGUGCUUCCUAAUGCUGAGCUGUUGGGCUGAUUUGUUUGGUUUCCUGUGUGUGAUGGUCUUGAGGAGUUGUUUGCGUGUGGUGGCGGUGGUGAUAAAUAUGCCGUCUGUUAUUACUUUUGAACUAAUGCCGGCAUCAUCCCAAAGGAGACACAUUUCAGGCUCGGCGCGUUUGCUGGCGGGAAGGGCCACAACGGGCAGGGCCACAGGGAGAAACGGUGGUGGAUGUUCAGGUGUCUCAGGUGGCCAGGUACAGGUAUUAGUAGCGCUCAGGCGCUAACCAGAACAACUUACUGCUCCUCCUGCCAAGACGAUUGACCAGACCAGACUCUGGAAUCUGCAUCAAUCCCCACCUGAAAUUCAUCUCCUUGCUGAGGCUCACUCACCUAAAUCCGCUUCGGGGCUUCUUUUUCCAUCAACAACAUUCUGUCUUAUACGCGCACUAUGCAUCAACACCAUCGCGAUGCGAUGCCGCCCACAUUGCCGAGACUGUUUUUUAAUCAAGGCGUUAAAGCAACCAAGAAACAGAAACAAAAGAAGCAAAAACCAAAUGGAAGGAUGCCACAUGCGGGUGACAUCCUUCUAAUUAUUCCGACCAACUUCCACUUUACCUGGAGCUUGGAUGUCAUCCCGACGGGAAAACACCCGCCUGGAACCUCGUGACAAACGCAAAUGCAAACAUCACACAAGGCCACGCAAGCCAAGAGAGCCAAGGCGUCCCAGAAGUCUGGGAUAUCAACCUUGUUUAUGUUGCUCACAUCGGAUCUUUUGUUUGCUUCUCGGUGCUCGGAUACUAGCUAGGACGGUAGGACCUGACUAGUCAGGUAGGUAAGGUAGUGAAGCUCAGACAGCGUGGGGAGGCUGUCGUGCUUCAGAUCUGUCGCAGGACAGGGUAUUGCUCCUAGCGACGACGAACCCAUGUCUACCGUACUUGAACUGAUGUAUAAUGUCAGUUGUAUCUGGAAACAGCUAAAACACUAGUAAAGGGUAAAGGGAGUCAAGGUAGGUCGGUUCGGUACCUUAACGUUAGGUUGACCACCCUCCCACUCGGGGCAAUCAUAUUGUCGUUUCAUUCUCUCUCACACUUUCUGUCUUGUCUUCCUUUCCUUCUCUGUUUCUGUUUCUCUUGGUGUCUUUCCUUGUUUUGCGCCCUCUACAUUCUCUUGUCGUACCCUUAUUCACUCAUUCUCGUUUCUCAUCACGGUAUUUGGCCGUGAUAUCUACAUUCUCUUACCUUCAUUACAUUUGCGAGGUGACUGGGUCAUCCAUCUACAUGCAUAUUGCCAGAAAGUAGAUGGCCAUAGGGGCCCUAUGUUAAGCUUUUGCUCAUUUAUCAGACUUUUUGCCUCUGUUCACGGUUGGGCCAGGCUUCGACUCCAGCUCUCACUAACAGCGACUGGCAUCGCGAACGCUUCUGGUCGAGGAUGUUAGCCCUCCGAACACGGGCUUUGUUCAACUUUAUAUUCGGAAGACAGUAUGCCGGCAUACCACGAGAAAUCGAUACCAACAAUACACACUCGCUCGAAGAACGAGCACCCGUGGUGAUCACUAAGACGAAGAUGGAGUCUCGUUAUGUGGUCAUCCCCGAGCCUACCACCAUCGUGGUUACAUACCAUGUCCCAGCCAACGCUACAGAGAACACCGACAGCGUUGAGUUGCCGCCGGCUUCAACUGCGCCUGCUGCAGACCUGGCAUCUGUUCCCGCAGCGGAUCCUGCUGUAGAUACCCCAGUAUUUGCAUCAUUGAUUGUACCUACAACGCAAGAGGCCGAGCCCGUUCCAACGACUGUACCUGCAGCUGGAGGAGAGGCAGCGCCUGAAACUAGUGACGCAAAUCUGAACGAGACGACAGUUCCCAUCGAACCGAUUGCUCAGCCAACUUCUCAACCACCCCCACAGGAAACGCCCCAAGAACCCCCAGUGGUUAAUGGUCCUGACCCGGUAACAACACCUGUUCAGCCAACCACUGAAGAGCUGCCCAAGGGAACACCAGAAGAUGCUCGAUUGACAGAUGGACCGGAUCCGGUGACAACACCUGUCCAGACAACGACGCCGCCGGCACCUCAGGAGACACCACAGGAUGCCCGAUUAAUCGAUGGACCAGACCCCGUAACGACGCCUGUUCAGGCGCCUAAGGAUACUCCAGAAAAUGCUCGACUCAUAAUCGAGACUGAGUCCUCAUCAUCAUCGUCCUUGUCCUCGUCUUCGACAUCUACUUCGGAGGUUCUCCUUUUUGAUACUGCGUCCUUCACCUUCACUGGUCCUCCAUCUCGGUCAACGACCCUCCAAACCCGAUCUGUAACCAGAACUGCUUCUUCCGCUACUGAGACUACAGAAGCAUCUGAUAGUUUCGUUUUCGAUGAUGGUGAGACGGGCGCUGACGGAGCUGCGCCGGCACUUAGUACGGCGACUCUAGCCGACGGAGGCCUUACAACCAUUGGCCUCGGUGCGACUGCUGGAAGCGACCAUGCCUCGAAAACCGAAAGUCCUGAUUCAGCUGUCAAAAAGGACUCCGACAAUGCAGGCCCAACUCCAGUCGUUGUAGGCAGUAUUGUCGGCUCCAUCGUGGGAUUGUCUUUCCUGGCACUUGUCAUCUUUUGGCUCAUCAGGAGACGGAGACAGCAGCGUCGAAGGAGCACUCUUCUCACUCCGCUCGAUUUCCCUCAAGGCGGAUCUGGCAAGGAGAAGUACGAAAUCGACAAUCAUUCGCUCGGCCCAACGCCUCGCUCUGUCAAGGUCGCUGCCGCUAUGAGCGCCAAUGCUAAAAAGAUUGGUCAACGAUUCCGACAGUCCAUGAGCUCUUCUCAUGUCGACAUGAGCCGAGGAAACUCUCAGUUCGGCGCCGAAAGCCACAGCGCGUCUACAAACCGCGCCCCUAGCCGAGGGAGCGCAGCUCCUGGGCAACAACAAGGAUGGUGGUCACGACUUAUUGAAGAAUCAAGCGUCGUGGACCUCGCAGCAGCCCCCCCUGUGCCGGACGAUGGUUAUGAUGGAAGACGAACUCCUAGCCCCAAACCUUUCUCUGAUGCCAACACCAUUCCUGCUGCGCCUCGUGGGGACUCAUAUGGGCGCGGUAGCGUCUUGCCUCACGGUUCUCUUGUGCCACCCCCACUUGCCCCUGCUCGGCCUCAUUCUUUGGAUAACCCGUUCGCCGACGAGAGUUCCAGCUUGUCUCCUGACCCCAUGCAACCGCCACCGAUGGCCCAUAGAGAGCCAGUCGAUCAGAGGCAAGGCCCGACCAUGUCGCGCAACCUUACACCUCAAUCGACAGGUGACGGCGUGAGGCUAAGGCCACAGGAAGUUUGGCGCGGCAACGUUCACUCGAACCCCUUCGACUUGGAGCUCGAUGGCCGACACAUGUCUAGUAUGGGACACAUUCAAAACAUGCCACGCUACACUGCCGCCAGCUCCUUCUAUAGCACAAACCGCCAAACCGUCAGACACUCUCGGGCUGAGAGUUACACUUCACGAUAUACCAGCGGAGUGAGCGACGUUAGCGAGUGGCCUCCUGUGCCUCCUCAACCUCGUGUACCCAGUAUCUAUGGCCGAUACGAUGGAUCUGACUUUCCCCCCUCACCGCGACACUCCCGAAGUGAGAGCGACGGCAAUAUUCUGAGACGACAAACCGGCCAGGCGAUGUGAACCCUCAUAGCAGGGACACGGAUAUUCACUUCGUUCCCUCUCGGCGGAGGACCAACAUAGUGGUUCUCCUGGGAUACUCAUUGGCUCGCUGUAAGACUUGGGGGGUGGUUUAAAAUAGAAGAUGGAUAGAUGGUGUUGAUGUUUGAUGUCAGCGUUUAUGCUUAUGAUACCACAGAACUAGGCUUUUCUCCUUCUUUUUCUUUAGAAGAACGCACACUGCGUGAGGUGUCGCUAGAGUCAAAAUCAGAAAAGCUUGCUAUGCUCCGCCGAGACUUUAGUUUUAUACCACUAUUAAUACAAUGUGCUGUUCGUGUCAUUUUAACUCUGGGCGUGAAUGUGAAGGCGCUCUUGAUUGACAUUGCAUGAUUAGG